UUGACCCCAACGCAUCUGUUCGCCAUGUCGUUCAUUAGGAUCCUGGCACUUUCCUUUUGCACUUUCCUUGCUGUGGCGAAGCCAUUGAAGGGUAAAUUUGCUCCUCGUCAAGAGCCGUCGCCAACAACGCCUUCUCCUGCUGUUUCCACCUCUUGCGGAGACAUCAUUGUACUUGUCAAGAACGACUAUAAUUUCUUUCCCGCGUCACUCGCGCAUGAUUGCCUGCAGAGCAUUCCGUUCAACCCAGCAGUUGCGAUUAGAUUCCUCGACUAUUACAACACCACUCUUCAGUUCCAGUCGACGUUGGAAUACCUCAAAGCACCGCCGACAGGAUACCAAAGACCACCAUUCGAUGUCAAAAAGACCUUAGCUGGUAUCAAGCAAAACGUGACGUCAGGUGUCUACAGAAACCAAUAUGAAUUCGAGACUCAGCUUCAACUCUUCACUUCCCAGCUGCGGGAUACACACGUAAAUCUCGAUGUCGGAGCGCUUUCGGCAUUUACAUUCGUUAGCCCCUAUGGUCUUGUGAGCGCAUCUAGUGAUGGGAAAGAAGCACCAAAGAUUUACAUCGAUGACGAUCUAUACCGUGAAUUUGUGACUGGUGGGGAGUUCAAAGCCUCGCACAUCACCAAAAUCAACGGCGUGGACGUGUUGGAAUACCUGGAACAAUUUGCAGAGCGCAAUUCGGAGGGCUUUCUUGAGCGUCACGCUGAUUGGAACGCUAUCAUGGAUAGUCCAGCAGCCGAUAUCCAAGGCCAAUUGAGCACCUUCCAGACAGCCAGUCUCUAUCCAGGUGCCCAGAUCAAUUUCACUUUCGCGGACAUGAAUGGCACUACGACCGAGCCAAACAAUGAGUGGUGGGCUUACUGCUCGGGCUGCAACGAUACGGGCCCUCUUACAACUGGUGGAGACUUCUACAACUAUUUUGUACUUGGUCUCCUCCCGGAUAGUUAUGACGAAGAGGCUCAAUGGUGGCCAGCUUUAGAUUUAGGGGAUGGAGGAGACAAUGAGGAUGAUGACGGGGACAGCGAUGCUUUUGCCUCUGUCUUGCAAGACUACUGCAAUGAUGGAAAUCCCUCGAAGGAGAACUGGUGUUUCACCAGCUUUGGCGCGUACCCGAACGAUCCUAUCGUCACCCAAAAAGACCUCGCUAUACAGGGGGAGGGUGUUGUGUCCGGCUAUAUGCUCGAUGGAAACGACAACUCCACUGCCGUACUAAGCAUUCCAGUCUUCUUUCAAUUAGGCGACGAUAUCACUAACUUUCGCCAAUCGAUCCUCGACUUUAUUGGCAAUGCUUCCCAGGCUAAUGCGACCCGUGUGAUCAUAGACCUGCAACAAAACACGGGUGGGCUUACUUUCCUAGCUUACGAUGCCUUCAGGAUGUUCUUCCCAAAUAUUGAGGCUUAUGGAGCAAGCCGUAAGCGUAGCCACGAGCUGGGCAAUAUCUUGGGUGAAACCUACAACGGCUGGUGGGACCUUCCAAGCACGGACAAGGAGACAAACUACGCGUAUGGAGCCAGCGAGUGGAUCGCUACCAACCGCCUCAAUGCCGCCACCAAUCGCACUUUUUCCAGCUGGGCUGAAUACUAUACGCCGCGCCCUGACAAUGGCGACACCUUUUCUGCUGCAGAGCGCUACGACUUCUCUAACCAGAACUUCGAUUAUGCCGCAUUCGGUGAUAUUCCAUGGGGCUAUGACCCGGACGCUCCACUGGUCAACGUUGUGCCUCAAUGGUCUCCUGAUGAGAUUGUCAUUCUAACUGACGGGCUCUGCGCUUCUGCUUGUUCGCUUUUCGUCGAAUUCAUGACACACCAGGCUGGUGUUCGUACGAUCGCUGUGGGUGGUCACCCCUCUCCUGGACCGAUGCAAGCAGUGAGUGGUAGCCGAGGUGCGGUGAGCUACUCAGCAGACGAGAUCGAUUACGACUUCCAGGAAGGAUUGGCGUUCCCAGUCGAUAGAGAAGAUGUAGCCGCAAAGUUACCCAACCGCACAGACACUGGUAUGUGGGUGCGUUAUGCUGGUGUCACCAUCAGAGACCAAGUUCGCGCCGACGACCCGACACCGCUACAGUUCAAGUAUCUGGCUGCCGACUGUCGUCUGUACUACACCAAAGACAACGCAUACAACAUGACAAGGCUCUGGCGGGAUGUAGCGCAUGCUACGUGGGAAGACCCUAGCCUCUGCGUGCAGUCUUCUACCGGUUAUCCCACAGGUCGCAACGCGACAUCUGAAAAACCUCCGCCGGCGUCGGAUAGCCAAAAAUCCGGACUUCUCGACUUGGAACCCCUCGCAUUCACACCGUGGACGGAUCAGUCAGCAUUCCAGCUCACCAGUAAAUCAGUCGCCGUUAACAACGGACCGCUGACUCCCACGUUAUGCGAUCCAAAGCGUCCACAAUGUGGUAGCAAACAAUGUCGACAAGUGCAACUCAAUUGCAACGGUGGGGUCAAAGCGACCUACGCUUGCCUAACGACGUGCGAGGUUGGCGAAAGGGUCCCAUCUUGUUCGGGUACAUGCAAGGAAGCGACGCGCCUCGAUUCGAAAAGCAAUGGGAAGAGUGGAGGAACGAAUGCGAUUAGAUAUCAGGGAUUCUGUCAUCCUCCAAUGUCCGCGACGAAGGCUCUGCCUUGCCCUAAGUAA